AUGGGUUCCAGCGUUCAAGAUAUUGCAUAUGCAUUCUUACAAACUUACUAUGAAAGGAUGAAAUCAAAUCCUGGUAAAUUAUCCAAUCUAUAUUGUAACACCGCCGAAUUGACACAUAUCAAUUACCAGCAAAUUGAUUUUGACAAAACAACUUCAACUUCGACAAAUACUUUAUCAACUGUUAAAUUAACUGGUAAGGAUAAUAUAAGUAGAUUUUUUGCAAGAAACGAGGAAAAGGUUUGUGAUUUAAAAUUAAAAUUAAAUUCUUGUGACUUUCAGACUACUGGUAUUGCCCAUAAAGGGAUUAUAAUAAUAGUCACUGGUGAAUUAUUUUGGAGCCAAUCUCCAAUAUAUAAAUUCUGCCAAAUGUUUUCACUUUCACCAAUCAGUAGAAACAGUGAAGUGUAUGAUAUAACAAAUGAUAUAAUAAGGUUUUUAUCAUUUGAAGACCAAUCUGAAAGCCCAACUCCAACCCCUCCAAACGAAAAACAAGAAAAUGAAAAAACAAUAUCCGUUAAAAUCGAAACUCCGAGUGAGAAAACUUCCGAAGAAUCAAUAAAAGAGACCAAAAAAUCCACAAAACACAAGAAAGAUUUAUCUUCACCCAAAGGGGAAAGUAAGUUAGUAGAAGAUAAGAUUCCAAUCGAGACUAACGAAGAAAUAACUUACGAGAAAGAAACAACCCCAAUUGACAAGAUAAUAGAGGUGCCAGAAGUGCCAAAGAUAAAGAAGGAAAUCAAGAAAGAAGAUUCUCAUGAAAAGAAGGAAGCCAAGAAAGAAGAUUCUCAUGAAAAGAAAGAAGUCAAGAAAGACGAUUCUAACGAAAAGAAAGAGGUCAAGAAAGAUAUAUUAGUUGAAAAGAAGGAAGGCAAGAAAGAUACUUCCAGCGAGAAGAAGGAUACUAAGAAAGAUACCAAGAAAUCCAGCUCUGAUGAAAAGGGAGAAUCCGAAACUCAACCUGAUUCUACUGAAAAGUCUAAGGAUAAGAAAGAAACUAAAAUUGAACAUGCUGAAAAAUCAAAAGAAAAACACUCUGAUAAGAAUAUUCCAAAGACUGAAGUCACCCCAACUGUUGAAACCUCGAACAAUAAAUCUGCUGACGUCUCUCAAUCUGAUGUCAAGACCACUGCUGAUGCUGAUGACAAACAAUUACCUACUGAAGUGAAGAAUCCAACGGAAACUGUUGUUACUACAAGUAAGGAGACUACCGAACAGACUACUACCGUUAGUGCUGUUGCCGCUCUUCCACCAAAGAAGAUGUCAUGGGCCUCAAAAGUUUCACAACAUGAUGCAGUUCCAAAGGAAAGCAGAAAAAUUAUUGUACCUCGUGAAGAGACUCCAAUGCCACGUAAUGAUUCCAAUCGUACUAAGAAAAACAAUCGCAACAGAGAAAAUGACCGUAAGGAAAACAAUUCUAAAAAUAACAGCAAGAGAAGGACCAAUAAUAAUGUUAACAGAGAUGGAUAUUAUCCAGUAUAUAUCAAUGGUACUCAAAAUACAAAACCUGAAUUAAUUAGAAAUAAAUUAAUUAAGGAGUUUGGCCCUGUUAUGAAAAUGAAUACUGGCGAUAAUUUCAUUGUUAUUGAUUUCCAAUUGGAAUCAAGUCAAAAGGAAGCUAUUGAUACUAAGAAAAUAACUGUAGAUGGUACAGAGUUCACAUUGGAAAGAAAAACUUAUAGAAAAGGUCAACCUGCCGGUCCUAUAACGUCAUCAUCUACUCCAUCUUCUUCGGCAUCUGCAUCUUCGUCAUUACCAUCUGAAUACACCAAUGAUACCAGAAGUCACAAACGAUUCAAUUCUAAUAAGAAGUCUGUAUAA